GAUACACAAUUUGAUCUUCCUGUAAAGAAGAUGGAUGAUAUAUGCACAAUUAUGUAUACCAGUGGCACAACCGGUGACCCCAAGGGUGUAUUGAUAUCAAACAAGAACAUAAUUACUCUCAUCUCCGGUGUAGAUCGACUUCUUCUUUCUGUGAAUGAGCAGUUGCAUGAAGAUGAUGUUUAUAUAUCAUAUCUUCCCCUUGCACAUAUAUUUGACCGAGUUAUUGAGGAGAUGUUCAUUUACUGUGGGGCUUCAAUAGGAUUUUGGCGCGGAGAUGUCAAAUUAUUGGUAGAAGAUAUUGGUGAAUUGAAACCAACAGUCUUUUGUGCUGUUCCUCGAGUGCUUGACCGCAUUUAUUCAGGGCUGCAGGCCAAGAUUUCAUCAGGGGGCAUACUGAAGAAGACAUUAUUUAACCUCUCAUAUAAAUACAAACUUUACAACAUGAUGCAAGGAAGGAGGCAUGACAAGGCAGCUACAAUUUGCGAUAGAUUGGUAUUUGACAAGGUAAAACAAGGGCUUGGGGGAAAUGUAAGACUCAUCCUAUCUGGAGCUGCUCCUCUAGCGACCCACAUAGAACAAUUUCUAAGAGUAGUGACAUGUGCACACGUUGUGCAAGGAUAUGGUCUUACGGAAACAUGUGCUGGGACAUUUGUGUCAUUACCUAAUGAUUUUUCGAUGGUUGGAACUGUGGGCCCACCUGUACCAAAUGUCGAUGUGCGGUUGGAGUCAGUUCCUGAGAUGAACUAUGAUGCUCUUUCAAAGGUUCCUCGUGGAGAAAUAUGCAUCAAAGGAGAUACAUUGUUUGCAGGAUACUACAAAAGAGAAGAUCUCACAGAAGAGGUUAUGAUUGAUGGAUGGUUUCACACAGGUGACAUUGGCGAGUGGCAGCCUGAUGGAAGUAUGAAGAUCAUAGACAGAAAGAAAAAUAUUUUUAAACUUUCACAGGGAGAAUAUGUUGCUGUUGAAAAUUUGGAGAACAUAUAUGGCCUUGUAUCGGAUAUUGAUUCGAUAUGGAUCUACGGAAAUAGUUUUGAGUCAGUCCUUGUUGCUAUAGUCAACCCCAAUAUGCAAGCUCUUGAACAAUGGGCUCUAGCAAAUGGCAUUAGUGGGGAUUUUUCCAUGCUCUGUCAAAAUCAGAAGGCAAAAGAAUACAUUUUGGGUGAGUUAAUGAAGAUUGGUAAAGGAAAGAAUUUGAAAGGCUUUGAGUUUAUUAAAGCUGUUCACCUUGAUCCAAUACCGUUCGAUAUGGAACGCGACCUACUUACCCCAACAUACAAAAAGAAGAGGCCACAACUACUAAAGUAUUAUAAGAGUGUCAUUGAUGACCUAUACAAAAGCUUGAAGUGAACAUAGUGGCUACUAUGCAUAACAGUUCAUGGCAUUAGCGCAACAAAUCAUAGGCUUAUCGGAAAGAGAUUAUAUCGUUCAACUGGAACUUAACGGCUUUGUUGCUUCUGUUUCACCGGUUGAUUUUGGUAACAUGUUCUUGGAGUUAUCAGAAUUGUGUCAAUUUCCCAAAGAAAUUGAAAACAUUCGCAAAGAAGCAGCUGCGCUUAUAUUGACGUACUCUAAUUGUGUAUCUAUCUCCUUUGCAUGCAAGUUGAAAAUUGUUAUCCUUAUAGUUA